GGAAUUAAUUACUCUAAUUGAAUGCACACAGUGUUUGUAAGAUAGAUGAAUUAAUAGUACAAAUGAACACGACGUAUGAGUUGUUAUAGAGAUAGGGUUGCCAGCAGCGGAAGGAACAAGCAGUUAGAGCGCAAGCGCUCUCCUCAUGUUCGCCAGUUGGUCUCGCGUCGAAGUAGCCGUUUGACUGGGAAGCAGCAAAACCAAACGGUUCAUCUGUUUAUAGGAGGGGGACAUAAACGAAGACGAACUACACAUUUAAAAAAAAAGUCACUCGGGAGGAUGGUAUCAGACAAGUUCUUGAAGAGAUGAAAGCUUUGUAUGAACAGAACCAAACUGAUGUGAAUGAGGCUAAAUCUGAUGGCAGGACAGACUUAAUCCCAACAAUCAAGUUUCGCCACUGCUGUUUGCUGAGGAAUAAACGCUGUAUUUUAGCAUAUCUAUAUGACCGUCUAUUGCGAAUUCGAUCAUUGAGGUGGGAAUAUGGAAGUGUUCUACCAUCGAGAAUUCGGUUCCACUUUGCUGCUGAGGAGACUGAAUGGUUCAACCAGUACAAAAAGUCACUUGCCACAUACAUGAGGUCUAUUGGAGGUGAAGGAGGAUUGGAUAUAACUCAAGAUAUGAAACCUCCAAAAAGUUUGUUUAUUGAAGUAAGGUGUUUGAAAGAUUAUGGUGAAUAUGAAAUUGAUGAUGGUACUACAGUGCUUCUGAAGAAAAACAGCCAGCAUUUUAUGCCCAGGUGGAAAUGUGAACAGCUAAUUCGUCAGGGGAUCCUGGAGCACGUGCUGUCCUGAGUUCAAGUUUAAAGAAAAUUACUUUUUAAUUCCCUUUCGGUUACUUGCUUAAAACUGCUGCUUUGACGUGUCUUGGCAGUAUCUUGUAGAUGUUGAACUAAAAUGUGAUUUAGUUGUGAACAUCAGCUUUAACUUUUCAGCAAGUUUUAAAAUUCUU